AUGGCAGUAACAACAGCAAUAACCUCCCUCCUAACCUCCAUCACGGAACUCAUCCAAUCCCUCAUCUCGGGCAUCUACAACAUCUUCCACACCAUCUUCUCUGCGUUUUUCGGCCUCUUUUUCGGCCUCUUCAACUUUCUCGGGGACUUGUUCAAAGGGGUCGCUAAUACCUUGGGCGGGGUGGGGAGUUUUGUUGCUAGCAAUUUCCUCAUCAUCGCUCUUAUUUCUGCCGCUGGUUUCGCCUACGUUCGCUACACUACUACCAGCCAGAGCGGCGCGACUCGGGGCCAAAAGGCGGCGAGUGUGGGGAGGAAGAAGGUCAAUUAA